AUGGGUCAAUUCCAUUCCAGUCAGGCAAGCCCUGCACCAGAACAACACAAAAAGACCGAUUAUUAUGAAUUACUUGGAAUAACACGGAGUGCAUCUGAUGAGGAAAUAAAAAAAGCAUAUAGAAAGAAAGCACUCGUCUUGCAUCCAGAUCGAAAUUAUGGAAAUGUGGAUGAGGCGACCAAACUUUUCGCUGAAAUUCAGUCCGCCUACGAGGUUUUAGCAGAUCCUCAGGAACGAGCCUGGUACGAUUCUCACAGCGAAGCAUUUUUGGGCACAGACGGAGCUGCCGGGGAUCAACACUCAUACAAUGUUCGAAUCACAACUGCUGAAGAUGUUCUCAAACUCUUUUCAAAGUUCAGCCCUCGAAUGGAGUUCUCCGAUUCACCCACAGGAUUCUUCGGUGGCCUACGGGAACAAUUCGAACAGCUUGCGCUGGAGGAAAGACUGGCAUGUCAGUGGGAACAUCAAGAUCCAAUCGAAUAUCCGUCUUUUGGAUCCUGUGACGAUGAUUUCGAGACCGUCGUACGGCCAUUCUAUGCUAUGUGGACUGGAUUUUCCACGCAAAAAUCAUUUGCUUGGAAAGAUGUCCAUCGAUAUUCCGAAGCACCUGAUCGUCGCGUAAGACGAAUGAUGGAGAAGGAGAAUAAACGCCUCCGGGAUGACGGUAUCCGAGAAUUCAACGAUGCAGUCAGAUCCCUCGUGGCUUUCAUCAAGAAACGUGAUCCACGAUACAAAUUUAAUGCCCAAAGUGAAGCCCAGCGCCAGGAAACUCUCCGGCAGUCAGUUGCUGCGCAAGCGGCAAGAUCACGAGCAUUCAAUCAAGCCAAAAUGAAAGAUCAUGUCGUUCCAGAUUGGGCCCAGUCGGAGCAACCGGUAGCAGACGAUGACGACGAGAGCGAAGAGAGUGAAGUUGAGAGCUUCGAGUGCGUGGCAUGCCACAAGUUUUUCAAAAGCCAAAAGCAAUACGAGGCCCAUGAACGUAGUAAGAAACAUUUGAAAGCCGUCAAACAGCUAUGCUGGGAGAUGCGAUUGCAGAAUGACGAAUUGGACUUGGAGUCCGCGGAUGGGUUGAAUGGUAACACAGUUGCCACUCCACCUGAGGCUUCGGAGAACGAUGAAAACGAGGUCAACGAGUCACACACCAUUCCCCGCCCUGAAGCUGAUGCCACAGAAGGUCUGAAUGACCAGGCAUCUGCGCAACAAUCUUCGCCGACUCCAGUUUCCAGUCAAAACCAACCAGUGACUUCGGACAACGAUGACGAUUAUGCUUCCAGGGAAUAUGUGGAGACAAGGCUGCGAAAUGAUAUGGAUUCUUUAUCCACUGCAGCUGGAGAUGAUCAACUAUCCUCCUCGAGUCUCACCGAGCCGUCAUCGACACGUAAGUUGGGCAAGGCCAAGCAGAAGCGGGCGAAACGGGCCGCAAAACAGGCAGCUCAACCCAGUGGCUUCGUGUGUGCAAACUGCCAAGCACAGUUUGCCUCCAGGUCUAAAUUAUUCGAUCACAUCAAAGAAUCUGAUCAUGCACAGCCAGUCAAGGUUGCUAAGAGUGGGAAGAAAAAACUAGUGUCCUAG